UCAGCCUCUGAAACUCAAGCCAUUCAACCAAAAAUGGGCAGAAAUCCAAGCAAUAUGACUACUCAGAAGGAGAAACUGAGGAAAGGGCUAUGGUCUCCGGAGGAAGACGAGAAGCUUUUCAACCACAUUAUGAGGUUCGGUAUCGGAUGCUGGAGCAAUGUCCCAAAGCAAGCAGGGUUGAAGAGAUGGGGGAAGAGCUGCAGGCUUAGGUGGAUGAAUUACUUGAGGCCAGACCUCAAGAGGGGCAACUUUUCAACGCAGGAAGAAGAUUUGAUCAUUGGACUUCAAGGAAUUCUAGGAAACAGAUGUAGGUGGUCGCAAAUUGCGUCACAAUUGCCAGGAAGAACAGAUAACGAGAUCAAGAACUACUGGAACUCGACCCUGAAGAAGAAACUUCGAAAGAUGGGUGUCGACCUGCUAACCCACAAACCGAUAAGUGAUGCGGAACAACAGCAGGAAGAGAAGAGUUCAUGUGCAAAUUUCAGUAUGAAAUCGUUUUUUGAUUCGUCACCUGUGACAGAAUUCAAAGUGGAUAUUAGCAUUGACACAAUUUAUGAUCAAUUGCUACAAUGCACUGUGCCUGAGAAGUGGGGAUAUUAUGAGGAUAGCUCAAGCAUUGGUAGUAGUAAUUCAAGCAAUUUGAUUGAAGAUGGGGCUUUGAAUUGGACUUCAGAUUGUAAGUUGAUAUCAUUUGCCGAGGACCAGUUUAAUUUGUCGGUAGAUUAUUCAACUUUUCAGUCAAUGCCGUCGAUGUCUUCAUCUGACGUGUUGUUUGGUAUCUCUGCAGGGGAUUCGUAGUGUGAGUUUCAAUGGGAAAUUUAUUUGAAUUUUCUCAUUUGUCUAAGAUUCUGAUAUGUUCAUAUCAAUGGAUAACAUGCAGUUCUUGUGUGUCUUAAUCCUUCUUUUCUUUUCCUUCCUUUUCUUUUUCUUUUUCUUUUCUUUUUGUAAGCGUUGCGGGGAGAAAUAUUUUGACAUGCCUUGGUCUGUUGCGAGA